AGAUGUAAGGAAAAAAAAACAAAAAUGCAGCAUUGAUAUCAAUUUACUGUCAGAGAUAAAAGAUGAGAUUAAAUUCAAUUCCUUAAGUUAUUUCUAAUUAAAUGUCUAUAAACAAUUUAAGUGUCUAGAGAGUGCAAACUGAACAAAAUCGAAGAAUUAAAACAAUACGAAGUUAGAGAUUUAAAUUAUAUUACAAAUCUGAGAGUAGGGAACCCAUGAAAUUUUAAAAUCACUCAAAAAUGUCAUCAUCUGAUUCAAGAAAAUAAUCAAAUUAUAAUUCUCAUGUUAAUACAUCAACUUCGGAUAACGAAGAUAAAGCAUUAAUGAUUCAUAAAAUCAUAUUUUCAGUAAAGUCUCCACUCUAAAGUUUAAGAUUUUAAGGCUUUAUUCUUGACAAAAAACCUUAAAACAUAGAUUUAAAUAGAAGGAAAACUCUCAGAAACUCAUCAUUUACAAACUCAUUCAAAAACUAAAAUUUUUUGAUGACUGGAAAUGAAUGUGGAUGGUCUAGAAAAUCUUCUGAAAGUCUAAUCUUUGUAUGAUG